AUGUCGACCAACUCAAACCGCCCCAACACCAAGACUGUCCCGACGCCUUUCGGCGCCCUCUUCAAGUUACCUGUAGAACUCCGUCUCAAUGUAUGGGAACUGGUAGUCUACAGCGCCCAAGAAGGCGAGGUCAACUACCAUCAGACCUGCUAUCACCGUUACAGCCUGCCAUACCUCUCCAAGGCGAUCCAAGCCGAAAUCAAGACCUUGGUCGAGAAGGCUGGCGGCAGCUGCUGCAAACACAUCGUUUUCCGCAUCACCUUGCCAACCUUCGAGGAGAUGCCCGAGCGAGAGCACCGCAUGAAACUGCUCUCUUCGAUCCAGGAGCGGGAUGGUCUGAGCGGUGAUGGCGGCCACGAUAUCUCGCAGGCGAACGUCCUCGUCUUUGAGACUGGUCACCUUGGCGACGACGCUCCUGACACCGUCGUCUGCUACCUCGAGCGCGGCACCGACUGUAUCUCGUACGACAUUCUGGGUGGCACUGCGGCGCGCUACGAGGCUGUGGGGGAGGAACUGCUCAAGGCGUUGACUCGUGCAAAGAACGCUCUGACGAAUAACAUUCCAGUUGCGGCCACUGCUGGUAUGGAGGACGGCGAGGAGACUUCAGGUUUGAGCAAGGCCCAGGUGCAACACGAUGCAAUGACGUACCUGGCAGAGCGUGUGCGGAUUGCGGUCUGUGAGGAGAUCGAGGAGUUGCCUGAGCCGAGACUCCUGGGACCUGGCAUCUACUCAUUGUCCAGAGUCCGAGAGCUAGGUCUCAGCGUGAGGGUACUAGACGCAGGCUCGGGAGAAGGUGGAGCCUGGUCUUGGUGCUUUGAUCUACAAUCACAGGCGCUGGCCCCAAAGCACUGGCCCUCCGGCAGGAAUCGGUAUCCAGGCUGUCGCUUCGACUCCGAAAGCUACACCUAUGGCUUUUCGUUUUCACAACAAGUCCUCGACGAGUGGACGUGGACUGAGUAUUUUCCUCCUCAGCCUGAGACGCUCAAGUAUGCACAAUACCUAACUGGCAAGUUCGAUCUUCGCAAAUGA